CCUCGCCCGUUGUCGUUGUCUGCUUCCCAUGAGCUGUACGUGGUUAAGGCGACCACCCGUUAAUGGAAGUUGCCAUUUUUGCAGAUAUAUUUUCAGCGGUAUCGGCGUGAAUCUGAGUUUUAUGGAAGGACUUUUACAUGAAAGUUUGAAAUGAUUCAUAUAUGAUAUGGAACUUGAAAUUAAAAUGGCCUUCAGGAAUUCAACGUGUCUGCAAGCAUUGUUUGUAUGAAUUGGUUGGAGAAUAAGACGUGAACAAUGGCGAGACUUGGGGAUGUUUUCGGCGUCAAAGAAAUGACGAACUGGUUGAAGGCAUGGCUGGCAUUGAACAUUACAAAGGAUGGGUUGCAUGAGUUCGUUGACAGAGAAGUAAAACAGUUUAAGACAGGAAUAUAUCAAAACAUCACGUCAACAUUAGGUCUGUCGGCGAAUACAACAUGUACAAGCUGCUUGACUGCUAAUAUAUUACCAUGCCCCACACAAGGGGUAUGCAAGAAAAGCGGGAGGAAAUCAUAUAUAUGCAUGCAUGACACACCAAGCAAACGGUAUCGACCUUGUCCACUUAGCAUUUGCGAGAAAGUUCGUGACGAUAUUAAGAACGAUCAUCGGUUCAAUGGACCCUCGUGGAAAAACACCUGUGCUGAGCAAUGGGCGUGCAAUCACUGGCAAAUUGGAAAAUGUUUUAUGCCCCCAGAUGGAUAUAUUGGAGUGACGUCUAUUCGGGAUACAGAUUUCAACGGUGUCAUUAGUGUAAUGUUGAACUGUAAACACUUUGAUAACCUGAUGUCAUUUAGCAUAGCACCGAUGUCGGUUAGUCCGUGUCUUUUAUCUAAGGCACGUGACAUUGGCAAAGCUGUCCGACAUUCUCCAUCGUGUGAAGUAACAGACUCUGACCUCAACGACUAUUUUAAUACACUAGAAACAUUGCUCAAUGAUUCCAAGACACUAGCAAACGACAGUAGCGCACAAGAUGCGGUCAGCAAGUUGAAUCUGUUACGAAAUGAGAGCACUAUUUCAUUGGCGGAAAUGAGUCACCUGCUUAAAGAUGCACACGAGACUUUAGGAAAGGCUGAAAACGUUACCAAGGAGCGCAAGGCACAAAUGGAAUCAUACAUGGAACAACUGAAGACAAAACUAGAUGAGCACGCUGAAACACUUAAAGCAAAUAUUACAGAACAUGCAAAUGCGUGCACAGUAGAAAGUAAAAGACUCUUUAAUGAACAUGCAAACACAUGUACAGAAGAAAGUAAAAUAAACUUAACGGAACAUGUAAACACACUGGCAAAGAAGUCCAUACAAGAUAUUCAAGGAGCUAUCUCGUCGAAGAAAAAAAGCGACUAUGAAAAUAAAGUCGAAGAUUUUGUGAGGCGAUUAAAACAGCAUUACAAUUUUACGAUGAGUCACGUGUCGAUAUCACCAUUAUUGCCAAGUGGCGACGAAUUCCUAUAUAAAAUAUAUGCAGCGCAUGCAAUAUGCCAAAUAGUUGAGAGCAAUGGCGGUAAUAAAACCGAAAAUCCAAUUACAACGUACAAAGAAAUAUUAUGUAGGGGUGUACAUGAAAAACUACACAAGCGUAUAUUUUUACAAGGCGAAGCUGGCAUGGGAAAGACAACUUUUGCAUGUAAACUGGCAUUGGACUGGUGUAAUCCAGGAGGUGCAUUAUCAUCUAUCUCCAAAACGUUUGGUGACGCGAACACGUUGCAAGAAUUUAAACUUGUAUUAUUAAUUACCUUGCGAGAUUCUGAUUGUGAACGCGUUGUGGCCAAUAUGAUCAAAGAACAGAUAAUCGACAUGGUUUAUACUGAUACAGAACGAAAUGACGCGUAUGAAAUGCUGGAUAAAAUUUUGCAACAAGAAAUGUGUUUGGUGGUACAAGACGGGUUAGACGAGUGGAAGGAUCCCCAAGGGAAAGAAGCCCAGCCUAUCAUGCUUUCCUGUUUCAGCCAGUGUACAGUUUUAACUACAACAAGGCCAUGGACAUUGGCAGAUGAACGCAUCAGGAAAUCUCAAAUUGACAGCUUAUUUGAACUGAGAGGAGUCAGUGAUCCAAAGGAGCUGUGCAAAUCACUCCUUGAUAGCUUCGGGUGCAAUACAUUGAACGAGUUUGUACAAUAUGUUACAAAAAAUAGACUACGUGCUUUACUGUUUUCGCCAAUGUUGCUCUCGCUUAUUGUAAGUUCUUGGGUCGACGGACCACUAUUGACAGGGUCGCGUUGCAAUAUAUACACUGUUUUGAUUGACGGUCUUUUUAAAAAAGUGAGUGAAAAUAUCAGCUUUUUUGUUCAGCCACCAUUGAUGUGCUUCCAAAACACACAGUACCUUCAACAAAAUUUUGAACAUCUGCAAGCCAUUUCCAAAACAGCAUUUUUAAUGUUGUUUUCAGCAGAGCGGGAACACUCACUGGUUAUAAGCGAUCGACAAUUGUCCCACUAUCUGACACAAGAACAGAAAGACGUUGCCCUUAAGACAGGUAUUAUAACGGAAAGAAAAUGUGUCAGUAGAACAUAUCAAAGAUCAACGUGUUCAUUUAUUCAUAAAAGUGUACAGGAAUUUCUAGCUGCUGUUCACAUAGCACUAAACAGUGCUGAUCUUGUUGUCGUUGCUAGAUAUAUUGCCGAAAAUUCAGACGCGAUUUUUGAAAAUCAGAUAUUUAUUUUUUUGUGCGGUUUAAACAUUUUAUUAGCAAAUGAAUUGUCUCGCAUUAUAGACAGCACUACAACUUCUGUAUACUUAUUGGACACAUACAUAUCGGGGUUUAUCGAAGCGCAAGCAAAUGGCCAGAAUCCGAAUGAUAUUGAUCUUAAACUCAGUCGUUUCAAAGGGUAUUAUUAUGAACCAUUCGAAAUCGACGCUUUUCUUCGCAUCUUGCAAAUGAACAAGUCAAACGCGAAGUUUAUUCAGAUAAACCCUUUUUGCAUGGUUGCACCGAUACCAAAGAUAUUAAAGUUGAAUAAAUGUGAGUCUGAAGAGUCGGAUUUAUCAUCAUGCCAUAGACUGGAAGUACUAGAUAUAAAUUGCGAAGAAAUCACGCUAAUACCAAAUGCAUUAAAUGGGCUUGCACAGCUGAAGAACUUAAAGUUGCGGUCUUGUAAACAAUUAAACUUAUCAUCAUGUCACAAUCUGGAAACUAUUGAUUUUUAUGGCGAAGAAAUCACGCUACAACCGAACGCCUUUCAUAGACUUGCGCAGCUGUAUUGUAAGAGUACACAAUUAAACUUAUCAUCAUGUCACAAUCUGGAAACUAUUCAUCUUUCUGGCAAAGGAAUCGCGCUACAACCGAACGCCUUUCAUAGACUUAAGCAGCUGAAGACGUUAGAAUUGUUUGAUUGUGAUUGUAAAGGGUUGGAUUUUUCAUCAUGCCAUAGACUGGAAGUACUGUUUAUUUUUGGCAAAGAAUUCACGCUAAAACCAAAUGCAUUAAAUGGGCUUGCACAGCUGAAGAACUUACAGUUGCGGUCUUGUAAGAGUACACAAUUAAACUUAUCAUCAUGUCACAAUCUGGAAAUUAUUGAUUUUGAUGGCGAAGAAAUCGCGCUAAAACCGAACGCCUUUCAUAGACUUGCGCAGCUGAAGAUGUUAAAGUUAGUGGACUGUGAGUGCAGAGGCAUGGACUUAUCAUUAUGUCAAAGUCUGGAAACGCUUGAUCUUAGAAGUUACAGAAUCAGGCUACAACGGAACGCCUUGCAUGGACUUGUGCAGCUGAAGAUAUUAAAGAUGGAGGGCUGGAAGUGUAAAUUGUUGGACUUAUCGCAGUGUCCGAAUCUGGAAACUAUACCUGUGUAAUAGAAUAACACUAAAACCGAAAACCGUUCAUGGACUUGCUCAGCUGAAGAUAUUGCACAUUUAGGGAUGUGAGUGUAAAGGGUUGGACUUAUCAUCAUGGCAUAAUCUGGAAAUAAUAGAUCUGUGUGACAAACCAAUCAAGUUACAGCCUAAUGUCUUAAAUGGACUUGCGCAGCUGAAGAUAUUGAAGUUUAAAGGCUGUGAGUGAAAAGCCUUGGACGUCUUAUCAUGUCGCAAUCUGGAAACUAUUGAUCUUUGUAGUGAAGGACUCACGCUACAACCGAACGCCUUUCAUGGACUUGCACUGCUGAAGAUAUUGAAAAUUGAGGGAUGUGAGUGUAAAAUAUUGGACGUAUCAUCAUGACACAAUCUAAAGACUAUUGAUCUUCGUGGUGAAGGACUCUCGCUACAACCGAACGCCUUUCAUGGACUUGCACUGCUGAAGAUAUUGAAAAGUGAGGGAUGUGAGUGUAAAAUAUUGGACGUAUCAUCAUGACACAAUCUGAAGACUAUUGAUCUUUGUGGUGAAGGACUCGCGCUUCAACCGAACGCCUUUCAUGGACUUGCACACCUGAGGAUAGUAAAUGUGGUGGAUAUUCAAUGUAACAGUUUGGACUUUUUUUAAACAAUCAUAAUAUAUUGUCCACGUGAAACGCUGCUGGCGAAAAGACAUCGGUAGUAUUAAUAGUAAUUUUUAUAAUAAUGUGUUCUUUUAAUAUCAAACUGGCAUAUAAUCCAGGGCUGUGUUUUGCUAUUAUUCAACUGUAUAGUUUAGAAUUAUGGUUCUUCACGUGUGUAUUUGUAAUACAGAUGUAUAAAAUAGGUGUGUGUAUGGUCCUAAAAUUCAAAUGGUAUAAUUUCCUUAACACUAUUGAUUAAAAACUUAUGUAUGUAGUGUAUGCACAUUUGAUUACCAUAUGUUUCUGUGUAACAGGAUCUGAAUUGUUCAAAUAAUUGUAUACUAUAAGUUAUUGUUUACAUAAACGAGUAUUUCGUAUAAGAAGAUGUUUUGUUCCUUCUUACUUGCGCUGUUUCUGUUUUUGUUGAAAUAAUUGUUUAGUCUAGAUAGCACGCACCUUGCGAAGGAUGACCACUACCGUUGGCAUCUGCCGAAGUGGAUAUUACCCUAUCAGGGUACAACAUUUACAAUGGACCCACUAUGCAUACGAUUUGUUCUUUAUACCAAACAUGCUGUAUUAAAAACGAUGGAAAAGUGAAACAUUCAGAUCUUAUAUCAAGAUCAAGAGCUUAUCAACAUAGAUUUUUUGAUUGAUUGAUUUUCAAACUUUCCCAUAUUGUGUAGUAAAUUAGAAAUAAAAGCAGACGAAGUGUUGUAUUAUCCACUUUUGUAAAUACCAAAUAUAUUGAUAGGAAAUAAAAGUUUGUUUUUUUUUUCAAGUGAUCGUUUGAUGCUUGAAUUACCUGCAUAUGUGAUAUCUUGUGAAAAUAGUGUAUACCAUGUCCUAAACAACCCAUGAUCAAACCUUUUUUCACCAUUAUUAUAACGUAUAUUAAAACAGGAAUCCGGUGCUAAAACAAUGUACAACCUUCAGUUUAAGCAAAAUGGUGUAUAAAACUCAACACCAUAAUUAAUGAAAAUGAAUGGAAUUGCAUUUUUGAACUUGUAAUAACAAAUAAUAUAAAGAUACAGUGAUUCCAAUACAGAAUAAUUCAUAGGGUACUUGAAAAAAAUAGACUUUUAAACAAAAUAAAAAUUAAUGAUGAUCCAUUGUGUUCUUUUUGCAAACAAAGUGAGGAAAAUUGAGAACAUUUAUUCCAGGAAUGUCAUAAAUCUGAAGCAUUAAGUGAUGAUAUAAUACCAGGAUAAUUGUGUUGUUUUUGUUCAUGAAUAAGAACAAUUGUCUUCUUGGGUAUUUAACAAAGUCAGCUAGAGCCAUAAUAAUGGUAUUUUGUUUAUUAAACUAUACUUAUACAUGUGUAAAAUAAAUAAUUUCAUACCAAACAUUAAUGGAGCCGAACAAAUACAUAAAGUAUGAAUAUAACUUAAGAAAAAUAUCAAUUUUAUGAAAUAAUGCAGAAUCCUUUAUGAUUGAAUGGGAAUUGUUUACUAAUAUUGUAGAACAAACGUAGUAUUUAAAGUUUAUGAAUAUUGUAGCUCUUUACAACUUUGUACAAAUACCAUUUUCAACUCAAAGAACCAAGUUGUAAUCUUAAAAAAAUAAAUGUAGGGCCUAUAUAUUAUAACUCACAAUAACAUGUCCUUUUUUUCUUUUCUCAACCUUUUUUUAGCUCACCUGGUGAGCUCUUGUGAUCGCUUUCUGUCCGUCGUCCGUUGUGCGUUGUGCGGCGUCAACAUUUGCCUUGUUAACUCUCUAGAGGCCACAUUUAUUGUCCAAUCUUCAUUUGGUCAGAAGAUUGGUUUCAAUGAUAUCUUGGAUGAGUUCGAAAAUGGUUACGUUUGCUUGAAAAACAUGGCUGCCAAGGGGCGGGGAAUUUUUCCUUAUAUGGCUAUAUAUGGCUAUAGUCAAAUCUUGUUAACACUCUAGAGGCCACAUUUAUUGUCUGAUCUUCAUAAAACUUGGUCAGAAGAUUCAGCCCAAUAAUAUCUUGGAUUAGUACGAAAAUAAUGCCGGUUGAUGGCAAAACAUGACCGCCAGGGGGCGGGGCAUUUUUCCUUAUAUGUCUUUAGUAAAACCUUGUUAAUACUCUAGAGGCCACAUUUAUUUUCCCAUCUUCAUGAAACUUGCUCAGAAGAUUUGUCCUCCUGAUAUCUUGGAUGAGUUUAAAAAUGGUAACCUUUGCUUGAAAAACAUGGCUGCCAAUCGGCGGGGCAAUUUUUCUUAUAUGGCUAUAGUAAAAUUGUGUUUACACUCUAGAGGCCACAUUUAUUGUCCAAUCUUCAUGAAACAGAAGAUUCAUCCCAAUAAUAUAUUGGACGAGUUCGAAAAUGAUGCCGGUUGGUUAAAAAACAUGGCUGCCAGGGGAAAGGGCAUUUUUCCUUAUAUGGCUAUAUAUAUUGUAAAACCUUGUUAACACUCUAGAGGCCACAUUUAUUGGCCAAUCUUGAUGAAAUAUGGUCAGACAAUUUGUCUUAAUAAUAUCUUGGAUGAGUUUAAAAAUGGUUACGUUUGCUUGAAAAACAUGGCUGUCACGGGGCUUAUAUGGCUUUGUAAGGCUAUAGUAAAAUUUUGUUAACACUCUAGAGGCCACAUUUAUAGUCCGAUCUUAAUGACACUCGGUCAGAAGAUUCAUCCCAAUAAUAUUAUUGACGAGUUUAAAAAUGAUGCCGGUUAGUUGAAAAACAUGGCCACCACGAGGGCGGGGCUAUUUUCCUUAUAUGGGUAACAUUUAUUUUCCGAUCAUCAUGGAACUUGGUCAGAAGAUUUGGACUAAUGAUAUCUUGGAUGAGUUCGAAAAUGGUUUUGGUUGCUUUAAAAACAUGGCCACCGGGGGCGGGGCAUUUUUCCUUAUAGGGCUAUAUAUAUGGCUAUAGUAAAACCUUGUUAAAACUCUUGAGGCUACAAUUAUUGUCCAAUCUUCAUGAAAUUUGGUCAGGAUAUUGGUCUCAAUUAUAUCGGGGAUGAGUUCAAAAAUAAUUAUGUUUGCUUGAAAAAAUGGCUUUCCAAUGUGGCGGGGUAUUUUUCCUUAUAUGGCUUAGUAAAAUCUUGUUAACACUCUAGAGGCCACAUUUACUGUCCGAUCUUCAUGACACUUAGUCAGAAGAUUCAUCCCGAUAAAAUCUUGGACGAGUUAAAAAAAGAUGCCGUUUGGUUGAAAAAAAAAAGGCUGCCAGGGAGCGGGGCAUUUUUCCUUAUAUGGCUAUAGAAAAACCUUGUUAACACUCUAGAGGCCACAUUUAUUUUCCGAUCUUCGUGAUAUUUGGCCAGAAGAUUUGUCCCAAUAAUAUCUUGUUAUCUCAGGUGAGCGAUUUUGGGCCUUUCAGGCCCUUUUGUUUUAUCUGAAUAAGCAAACACUAUUUGCCUAUAAAAAAUAUACAUACUUUUAUUAUGUAUUCGUCCUUGAAAAUGUCUUUUUUAAACGUACCUAUUCGUGUUUUUUAUGCAUUUUUUUCCUGUUAAUAUGCAUAUUUACAAUUUAUUACAAUUUACACUUACUUUAAAUAUGUAUACCUACUGGAAAAUCUAGUUGUGUACUUUUUUUCUUUAUAAAUACUUUUUUUAGUGUUAUUUGAAACACAUAUUGCACGCUGUUUUAUAUUUACAGCAUGUUUUCGUAGAAUAUUUCAAUUAAAAACAAACAUGUUCUAAGAUAUUAAGCAUUAGUUUUAAAUUGUGCGUGUUAUGUGUAAGUCUUUAUUUUCGUAAGGAUUUGUGCGUCACUGUCUUUAAUUAUAAAGAUAAAGUUUGACUUUAGAUGUGUUGGUUUUUUUAUUUCUUGGCAUGCCACUGUCUAUAAUUAUAAUAUAGAUAACGUAUCACUUUAGAUGUGUUGCGUGUGUAUGUAUCUGUUUCCAGUCUUGUAAAAAAAUGUGUUGCAAAACACACACCAAAUACCCCAUAGACUUUGAGCUAACAUUGAGCAGUUUGUGAUUGUCUCAUGUCCAAUGUUCGUUAUGCGUCUUUAACUUUACGCUUAAAUAUUACUGAAGAGGCCAUUAUUUUUAUCCAUUGUGGCCUUUCAUUGUGCUUCAUUUCUGCUUUUACAUUUUCGUAAUUAUUCAAACGUACAUUUUUUAGGAUGUUGUUUAGGAUCCGGCAUUUACAUAUUGGUAGUCAACUGUUAUCUUUGAUUAAUCACUACCAAACAACUUAUAUGUUUUACUUUGGAAACAUAUUACACGUUUAAACGUUCCUUGCAGUCAAUUAGCCAUAUAAUAUGAUUUUUAAUCAUUUGUUUUAACGUUGUAAAUAUACUCUAAACUCUUAAUUGUUUCGCUCAUUUAUUUAAAUGACAAGCAAUACGCCACUACUUAAUGCUGACAAUAAAAUGCGUGUCCUUUCGAACCAGAACAGUGUUAGACCCCCUCCUUUCAGACAAUGCCAUGUGCGACAUUACAGGGAUGAUUCUUUGAUGUCGGUGAAUUCGACUAUACAAGAAAAUCUAAUGAGUUCAGGUGUGUAAGAGAUGGAGAAGGAGCCGUCGGUUAGUUUUUCCUCUUACCGAGAAAGAAUGUUCGAAACCCAGACUUUUCCAAAGAGCUAUCUUGCCUUUGAAAACCUCGUUUCGAGGGGAGCCAUAAAUUUCA